CGAAAGUUUAAAAAAAUUUAAGUGUGUGCUAUUUUCAUUUCAAAAUCUCUGCAGAAUUCAAGGUGUCGCCAACAAAUCUGGCAAUGUUUUAAAAUCGUUAACAGCCGCGCAUUAAAGUGAUUUUUCCCGAGUGUUUUGGCUUUCCGCUCGCUAAACUAUUGUGAUUUGGUUAAGCGCGAAGGAUUAGCAGCAUGGCUGUGCGCUGUCAACUUGUUUGGCUCGCGAUCGUGGCAUUAAUUGGUGUGUCACUGGCGCGCCAUGAGGACUGUGAGAGUGCGCCCUAUGCGGAACAUUCCACCGUAAAAAUAAUCAAUGAAGAGGAUGCUGUGCGCGCCAUAUAUGAAUGCGAGGAGGGCUAUGAGUUGAGUGGUAGCAACGAGUUGAUAUGCGAUGUGGAUUCGGAUCUCUGGGAUGUUGAGCCGCCAAAAUGCGAAAAAGCUGGGCUCUCGAAUGAGGUAAAUGCAGAGCGCGCCAAAAAGAAGAAGCCGCAGAAUAUAAUUGAAGACAGACAUAUUUCUGCAGAGAUGGCCGCCUCACUGGAUAUGACUUGCGUGCAGGCGAAAAUUAUAGCACCCGAUAUAAGGCAUGGCUUCGUGCAGAAAUACGAUCGUCGGCGCAAAGGUGAACAUGUCUUCCUGGUGGCGGUUUACGCUUGUAAUGAUAACUUCGAAUUGGAGGAUGCCGACAUAACGACAUUAUAUUGCAGUCAACGCAAGUGGGUAGGCGAUUUGCCGACUUGUGUGGCGCUGGGCGAAUACACCGAUGCGGAUGAGGAAGAAUACGACGAGUAUGAAGCGGUUGACGAUGACGAAGACGAAGAAGACGUUGCAGAGGAGUCGACCGAUAAUCGCGUAGCACCACCGCCACCACCACCGCCGGCUAUCGCGGAAGUUGAGGAGAACGAGCAAGAAAUCAGCAAUGAAAUUGAAACUGCGGCGCACGAAAAUACUGCGCAAGAAAGUGAGAGCGGCGCGCCGUCCAAUGCUGAGCCUGACGUGCCGGUUACCGAUGUCAACAUUGUUGUUGCGCCCACACAGGAUCCAUAUACACCACGUUAUCUCGAUGACAACUGCGGCGCCGACAAAGGUGGUUGUGAGCAGAAAUGCGAGCGUUUGCUUUUCCCGGGCGAGAAUGAGCCGCGUCUGAAGUGCUCCUGCUUUGAUGGAUUCAGUUUGGAUCCAAACGACUACGCCAGCUGUCAUGAUAUUAAUGAAUGUGAGCUUGAUAAUGGCGGCUGCGAGCAGCUUUGCAACAAUCUACCCGGCUCUUACCAGUGCGCCUGUGAGCAGGGUCUGCAAAUCAAUACACUGACGGGCAAUACAUGCAUCGACAUCAACGAAUGCGAGCAACCCGAAGUGGCUGCACAAUGCGCCGGCGGUUGUGAGAAUACGCACGGCUCUUACCGCUGCAUACCGGCGCUGAAUACGCCAGAAAAUGGCGCAGGGGCGACCAAUGAAGUUGAAGAAGUGGAGGAAGAUGUCAAAGAAGUGGACGAAGUAGAAACAAAAGUCGAAAGUGAGCCCAAUGCGGAAGAAGAAAGUGAAGACGAUCAGGGCAUACGUCGCAUUUCGGAAAGUGGCCCUAUCUGUCCGGCCGGUUAUCGCGCAGGCGGCGAGAACUCAGACAAUUGCGUAGAUAUUGACGAGUGCGCUGAGGGCACAAGCGGCUGUGAACACUGCCUGAACACCGAUGGUUCGUACGAGUGCACCUGCCCCGGCGGUUAUGAUCUUGCCGAAGACGAACGCACUUGUGUCGACAUCAACGAGUGUGACGUUAUCGUAGAGAGUGAAGACGAUGCGGCGGCAGCGCCUACUAAACUGUGUACCGGUGGUUGUGUGAAUACGAUUGGCUCGUUUAUUUGUACUUGUGGCGCUAAUGAGCACCUGCUCGAGGAUCAACGCACUUGUGUGGCAGACACCUGUCAAGAUUUGAAUAAUCCACAACUGAAUAAGACACGUUGCGCGCAUCAGUGUGUCGAUUUGCCGAGUGGCGUCUAUGAAUGCGUUUGCCCAGCGGGUUACAAGUUGAGUGAUGACUUACACAAUUGCGUGGUGGCUGAGAGCGUAUGCACCGUGGCGGGCGGCUAUGAAAGUUGUGCGCCCGGCGUGUGUGUGCCGAGUGAGGAUAACAACGCCUUUAGCUGCGAAUGCCCGUCGGGUUAUGUGUUUGAGGCGAACCGCUGCCAAGAUAUCGAUGAAUGUGCUAACGGUAUGCACGAAUGUUCACACGAGUGCUUCAACAAUUUGGGUUCGUAUCAAUGUGGCUGCCCGUUGGGCUUCGUUUUCGACGAGGGCAGCAACGAACAUGUUUGCGCUGAUGUCGAUGAGUGUGCAGCGACACCGGAAGUUUGUGGCACUUUGAAUUGCGUUAAUAAACCCGGCGGUUUCGUCUGCUUAUGUGCCGAUGGCAGCGAACCUGAGGCCGAGAGUGGCGCUUGUCAUAUCGCCGAUCCCUGCGAAGCGCAUCAGUGUUCACACCAAUGUAUUGCUGAAGGUGUGGGCUUCAAGUGCAUUUGUCCGGAAGGUAUGUCAUUGGCUGAUGACGGCUUACACUGCUCGUACAAAGAUGUUUGUACUGAGCAAAAUAAUGGAUGCGAACAUAUUUGCAAGUCGGAGGAGGAUGGUGCUUGUGGCUGUCGCAGCGGUUAUGAAUUGGCUGCUGAUGGCAAAUCGUGUGUGGACGUUGACGAAUGUGAGAUCGGCAAUGGUGGUUGCCAUCAGGUUUGCAAGAAUUUUGCAGGUGGGUACGAUUGCGCCUGCGAACUGGGCUUUGAGUUUCUCGAUGGUCCGCUCAAAUCGUUUUGCUUCGAUGUGGACGAGUGCGCUUUGGGGCUGCACAAUUGCGGCGCGGGUACGCUUUGCGAAAAUCUCAAUGGCUCGUACACUUGCAUAUGUCCGCCUGGCUUUGCGUUGGGUUUGCCGCCGGUUUAUGCUUCGCUGCGCGCGCUACUCUCAUCCAUGCAGCCGGCCAGCUCAUUUUCCAAAACUUCAUCUAUCAUUUCAACACCAACCAUUUCAAACACACACAAUUCUUCACCCUCAUGCUUAGACAUCGACGAAUGCUCCAUUUCGAACGGAAAUUGCUCACAUUUCUGCAUGAAUUUUCCCGGCAGCUUCCAGUGCUCCUGUCCACCUGGCUUUACGCUAAGCUCGGUGGAUAAUCGCACUUGCUUGAUGGUGAAUGCUUGCUUACAGAACAAUGGCGGUUGCACGCAUGCGUGUGACUUCGCAGCCGGUGUGGGUGUGCGCUGCCGCUGUCCGACCGGCUAUGCUUUGGCUGCUGAUGCGCACACCUGUUUGGACAUCGACGAAUGCGCGCGCGCGAAUGGUGGCUGCCGUCAGCACUGUUACAAUACACUUGGCAGCUUUGAAUGUGCUUGCAGCGCGGGUUAUGAAUUAUCGCCGAAUGGUCUCGACUGUGUCGAUAUCGACGAAUGCGCCAAUGGUUUUGGUAAUUGUACUUUUGUUUGCGUAAAUCUUCUAGGUUCCUACGAAUGCGGCUGCGAGGGCGGCUUUCAGUUGGGUGAGGAUCGUCGUACCUGCAUAGACGUCGACGAAUGUGCGCUGGGCAGACACGACUGCUCGCACGAUUGUGUAAAUGUGGAAGGCGGCUAUGAGUGUAUUUGUCCGGAGGGCUAUCUGUUGGGUGAGAAUAAAGCGACUUGUUUGGAUGUGGAUGAGUGCAUUGCCAGCGACCAUGGUUGCAGUCACGGUUGCGACAAUAAAUUGGGCAGUUACGAGUGCAGCUGUCCUGUAGGUCACACAUUGGCGGCGGAUAAACGGAACUGCCUUGCAACCACUCCGUUGGAAGUUGAUGUGCGCACCGAUGACCUCGACACGCAGGAUACCGCUAUAAUAGAUGUCUGCCUACGCGAUAAUGGCGGCUGCUCACAUAUUUGUAAUCCAGAAACGGGUUGUUCUUGUCCUAGUGGACUCGAACUCUCCGUAGACGGCAAGACCUGCGUGGAUAUUGAUGAAUGCGCCUACAAUAAUGGCGGUUGUGUGCAGCUAUGUCAUAAUACCGCUGGUGGCUUCCAAUGUCUUUGCUCGGAUGGCGUAACUCCCGACGAUGGUGUAAAUUGUGUGACAAUCUGUCCGCCGGGCUUUGCAGUGAGCUCUGUGAACCCCAACCACUGUGUGGAUAUUGACGAAUGCGCUACACCUGGAGUUUGUCAGUAUAACUGUCUGAAUACCAACGGCUCCUACGAGUGUGUGUGUCCGCCAGGUUAUGCGCUCCGCAAUGGUCGCGAUUGUGAGGAUAUUAACGAGUGUUUGCUGGACAACGGUGGCUGUGUUGGUGGUGAAUGCAUUAAUCAUAUUGGCAGCUUUCAGUGCAAGUGCUCGCUGGGCUAUCGUUUAGCCAGCGAUCGUCGCACAUGCGAACGUUUGCUUGAGUCUCGCGAUCAAUGUGCACCCUUUACUGCACCGGCUAACGGUGACUUCCACUGCACGAAAUAUCGCCACAAGCGCAAGCAUUUCUAUAAUACGCGCUGCAAAGUGUGGUGCAACCAGGGUUACCGGCUGGAAGGACCUACCCAACGUUUCUGCAAUGCUUCCGGUCAGUGGGAUGACUUUGAAAGCCGUUGUGUGCCUACCACUUGCCCCCGUCUACAUCAACCGAUUAAUGGCGAGAUUGCGCCCGCUGCCUGUACAACUAGCAAUGCAGUCAUUGGUGAACGCUGUCAGCUGCGUUGUCAGCCCGGUUAUGUGCCCAUCGGCUUGAGCGUUGCCAUCUGCACCGCGGAACUGACUUGGUCACCCAAUGCCACCUUCGAGUGUGUGCCGUUGGCGAGAUCUCCAUUGCUACCUACUUUGCCCGUUAUUGGUGCUCAGCCACGUCUACCUUCCGUUGGCGUCGACGACUUUUUCCAUAGACCGAUAUUACCACAAGUGAGACCACCAACUGGUUUUGGUAGUUCCGUUGCUUCACAACGUCCCUACAUUAAAUGUCCGCGCAAUACCACUGUUUUUCUGGCCGAUGGCGCCACUACCGCUCAUAUUAUUUUGCAAAAACCCAUCACUAAUAUGGAUUACCGUUACAUUGAGUCUGCGCCGGCUUGGACCCGCAAUAUGCAAGCUCAUUUAGGUGCUGGUCAACAUAUAGUGACAUUCCGUGGUCAAGAUCCCAUUUCGGGUAGACGCGCCAGAUGUCGCACAAUCAUCAAAGUGGAGCGUGCUGUUUCGCCAAGCGUGAAUUUCUGUACGCGUUCCUUCGAGGUAUCGUUGAGUCCGAAUCAAUUGCAACGUUCGGUGGUGUGGGAAGAACCGCGCUUCGAAAGCACACUGGGUCCACUGAAAAAACUCUACAAAUCGAGGAUACCCGGCGAACUCUUUAAAGCUGGCGUACACCCGGUAUACUAUGAGGCAACUAAUAAGCAAGGCAUUACCGCCCGUUGUGAAUUCCAAAUUCUUGUGAAAGAAGCCAACUCCGCAGUCAGCAACUCCUUGUCUACAUUGAGCGUAAGCUACCCAACAGCAGUGCCCGCUGCUCAGUUAACACCCGCACCAUUAAUGCGUCCACCGUCUCCCCGGGGCUUACAAGCGAAAUUACUGCCCGGUCAUGAGUCGUUUGUGAUGUGCCCCGGUCGUGCGCCGGUUAAGGUUACCGAUGCCCAAUCUGUGACCUUAGAAUACGGCUGCGUCUUGAAAAAUAUACGCCGUGGAUCGCCGCGUCGUCACGCCCACCGCCGUUUGAUCGCCACCAAUUGGUCCGAUUUCACUGCCUUCUAAACGAAGUAGUAACUUAAGUUCGAACCUUUUAUAAUGGAAUUUAUAUUUUGUACUUACUCGUAGUUAAGUCAGCGAUGGCCAGUAAAGUGUAUUUAAACAAGAACAGCUUUUGUAUUUUAAUCUUAAAUUUGUAUUUGUAAUCAUACAGUUUGUAUUCAAUAAAGAGAAUGAAUAAUCAUAUUGAAAAUGUA